CCCCUCUUCCAUCCCCACCCACCCCUCCAUCGUUCCAUCCAUCCCCACUCGUCCGUUCGCAACCACCCACCCUUCCUUUCAUCCUCCAUCCCCGCGCCUCUCCCCCACUCCAUACCCACACGCCCCUCCAUCCAUCCCUCCCCACACACCCAUCUACCCCUCCACCCGUUCCCCACUAUCACCACAAGGGCUGCUCACAACAUCCUCCACCCCGGAUGGGAGCCCAAGUACCAUCCAUUCCCCUAGCCAGCUCCCUCCUGCCCCCCCCCCUGCUUCCUGCCCAUCACCCCUCUCCAGCUCCGCCCUGCUGCCCCCCGUUCCCCCUCCCGGUCCCGCCGCGCUCCCUCCUCCCGCUGCCUGCCGCCUCCCCUGGGGCCGGGCUGGGCCGGGCCAUCAGUCACUCCCUGGAGCCAGCCCCGCUCCCUCUCCCCGGCAGCCCGCUGCCGCCUGGCUCACUCGGAGCCGCUCGCUCCUGCAGGCGCGCUGGCCCCGCGGGCUCCGAUGCACCUGUAGCCGCCCCGCGGCAGCGGGGCCCCCUGGGGCCAGUCAGUGCGCGGCCUGAUCCGCCAGGCGGGGCCCGAUCCUUGGAUUUACCUCCCCACGGACUGCGGAGCCGGGCUCCUGCGCUGCCUUCGGGGGACUUCGAGGGCCGAGGGGUCCGUGCCCUGCAUCCCGCCAGCCCAGCGCUCGGAGCUACCAUGCGAGUGCCCCGGGCUGCGGGCGCUGCCGGAGGGAGGGGGCAGCUGCCGGCCAGGCGCCCUGGAAACCAGCGCUAGGGGACCCCCACACUCCGGCUCGGCACCAUGAGAGCCCCCCGGGAGACCUUGCACCUCCUGCUGGCUACAGCCCUGCAGCUGAUCGGCUGCGCAGCUAAGGGUCUCUUGGGGGUGUACCCAGCCUGACUGCAUGCAGGCACCACAGCCCCAGACGAAGGGGACCCACCCGCUGGGGGAAGUGAUACAGUGGAUGGAGGUUUAUAACCGCAGCUUCUGCCAGCCGAAGGAGAUGCUGGUGCCCGUGAGCGAGGAGCACCCGGCUGAGGUGGAGCACCUGCUGGCACCCUCCUGCGUGCCCCUGCGUCGCUGCGCUGGGUGCUGUGCCGACGAGGGGCUGCAGUGUGUGCCUACCCGCAUGCAUGUGGUGGUGAUGGAGGUGAUGAAAACCCGCUACCUGUACAGCCACCUGGACCAGCUGGCCUUCGUGGAGCACAGUGCCUGCGAAUGCAGACCAAAGACAAAUAGCAAAGUAAAUCCAGAAAGGCCUGUGCGGCCCAGGGGGAAAAACAGCAUUGGACGCAAACACAAAAAGAAGAGACCCCCUGAACAGGACUCCCCCCACCUGCCCUCCUGCCCACCCUGCUCAGACAAACGGAGGCGCCAGGAUCCUCAGACAUGCCAGUGCCGCUGCCGGCGCAGGUCCCAGCACUGCCAGGACCGGGGCUUGGAGCUCAAUGAGCACUCAUGCAGCCACUCUGUUCUCCCCCGAGGUGUGAGAAGCUGCGCAGAUGAUCUGAUGGGGGAGGGGGGUGACCUGGGACCAGCCUCUCCUCUCCCCCCCCCAAGCCCAGCUCUUCAUUGGAUCCAGAACAAGACUUUGGCCCUGAGUGCCCCCUGCUGGAGAGGAGCCCAAGGAAGACGAGCAAGGCUGCCCUGGAAUGGACCUGAUGAGAGGACUCCUGGGACCAUGUUGGGGGGUCAGACCCCAUUAUUCACUGCCUGGACAGGACCUGUCAGGAGGGGCUGCAUCUUGCACGGCCUCUCGUGGACUGGGGCAGCCAGAUCCCGGGGCCCCUCCGAGACUAGGGCAGAUGGAUUUCAGGGCCCCUCCAGGAUUGGGGUCCAGAUCCUGAGGCCCCUCCAGGACUCCGGCUCCCAGAUUCCUUUGAUGCCCACCAAGGCCGCCCCAGCUCUGCUGGUCAGACUCUCAUCCCCUCGUCGUUAUUUAAAGUUCCACACACACCCCUCACUGCCCCGCUCAUCCCCAAACCCUUUUAAUUUAAUACUUGCCCUCACCUUCCUCUCCAUCCCCCCGGACCAAACCCCGUUUCCCUGCCGGAGCCAAGGGGAGGCUGAGCACCAGCUCGAGGACCCUCCCGGGGCACGUCCUGCUGCUGUAACUGCCCGCACAUUGGUAUCCGGCUCUAAAGCUAUUAAACGGAUGAGACAUGACGGCCCGCAGAGCUGUGAGCGCACGACCCCUGCAAACACCUAUAGGGGUCGAGGGAGCGUGCCCCACUCUCAGGACUCGCCGGAUUGGAAGGGGCUGCUGUUCCGUGGGGCGCCCUAUAUACUGCACUGGCUGGGGAGGUCCUCGCUGGAGGAGGUCCUCUGUUGUGGAGGGGAGGAGGGGUGGAGAGGGAAUCCUUGGGGGUUAUUGGCCUUUCACCUUUGAGCCGGCCUUCAUUCAUGCUCCACAAACAUGUGGCAGCCUUUACACCCAUGAGCUCUUCACCCCAGGGCUGAGGGCUCCUUCAUGCUUGGUGUGUGUGGAAAAAUUACUGCUCCAUCCUAGAGGCGGCUGCAUCUCAGUGCCAGGCAAGGGAUCCCUCUAUAAAGAGCCCCACCCCCGGCACCCCAGUCCAGAGGUGGCUGCAUCUCAGCACCAGGUGAGGAAUCCCUCUAUAAAGAGCAUCCACGCCCCACCCCAGAGGUGGCUCCAUCUUGGUACUGGGCAGGGGAUUCCUGUCUGUACAAGUGCCAUAGUUUGGAAUCCUUUGGAAACACAAGGUGCUGGUAAAGCAUGAGAUGCAGUUGAUGUUCUAUGUGGGGAUACUGGAAAAACAGGUGGGCUGGGCCAGCAAGGGGCUGUGGGUCAGGAUUGAGAGGCAUGGGCAGAGCUGUGGGGGUGGGGCGCCCAGGGCUGGGCUAGCAGUGAGCUGUGGGUCAGGAUUGAGGGGCAUGGGCAGAGCUGUGGGGGUGGGGCGCCCAGGGCUGGGCUAGCAAGGGGCUGUAGGUCAGCAUUGAGACCCAUCAGAGAACAGGAUGGAGGGAAUAUGUGGGGGAUUCCCUUCCUGGCUCUGGGGCCUGUCCCCCUCCCUUGGGAGCGUGCAGAGCUGUCAGUCUAGUUCCCAACACCAGUGAAUGGGCCAGUGCUGGCAUUGCCCACAGAGACGUGCUGCACUUCAUGACCAGGCUGCAGCCCUGGGGAAAAGGGAGGGGGUGGAU